UUAAUAUAAAAAUAAUAAUUAUUACUAUAAUCAUAUAAUUAACACUUGGAACUUCACUACCAUUUUCAAUUCUCCACGUUCUUCGUUCUUCUCAUUCUCCACCGUCAACUUCCAUGGCUUCCGCUCUCGGCGACAACUACAACCAUCUCUCUCCUCCACAGCAAGAGCUGGUGAAGAUUCUGUCGGAAAAUGGCCAAGACCACCUGUUUCGCGAUUGGCCAGGUCCCGGCGUCGACGACGACGAGAAGAAAGCGUUCUUCGACCAGCUGAUUCGGCUCGAUUGGAGCUACCCUGGUGGCUUGGGAGCGUACAUCAAAAAUGCUAAACGGCUCUUGGCUGAUUCCAAAGCUGGCAAGAAUCCUUUUGAUGGCUUCACACCUUCCGUUCCAACGGGUGAGACAUUGACUUUUGGUGAUGAGAACUUCACCCAGUUUGAGGAGACGGGUGUGCGCGAAGCUCGAAAAGCUGCUUUUGUUCUUGUUGCUGGAGGUCUUGGGGAGCGUCUAGGAUACAGCGGGAUUAAGCUUGCUCUUCCUGCGGAAACCACUACUGGAGCAUGUUUCUUACAGCAUUACAUUGAAUCUAUACUGGCACUUCAAGAAGCAAGCUCAGAAGGUGGAAGCCAGACACAUAUUCCUUUGGUUAUUAUGACCUCUGAUGACACCCAUGGACGUACCUUAGAGUUAUUAGAAUCAAAUUCUUACUUUGGCAUGCAAAGCACACAAGUAACACUUUUAAAGCAGGAAAAAGUUGCAUGCUUAGACGAUAAUGAAGCCAGGCUUGCAUUGGAUCCGCAAAACAGAUACAGAAUUCAGACAAAACCUCAUGGACAUGGUGAUGUGCAUGCACUUCUUUAUUCCAGCGGUAUUCUGAAAAAAUGGUAUGAUGCUGGGUUGAAAUGGGUUCUCUUUUUUCAAGAUACAAAUGGACUUCUCUUCAAGGCAAUUCCAUCAGCACUUGGUGUCAGUGCUUCCAAACAGUACCAUGUCAAUUCUCUUGCAGUACCUCGGAAAGCAAAAGAAGCUAUUGGUGGAAUCACCAGACUCACUCACACUGAUGGGAGGUCUAUGGUGAUAAAUGUGGAAUACAAUCAGUUAGAUCCUCUUCUUAGAGCAAGUGGAUACCCUGAUGGCGAUGUCAAUUGUGAGACUGGCUACUCCCCAUAUCCAGGAAAUAUAAACCAAUUGAUUUUAGAACUUGGUCCUUACAUUGAAGAGCUCUCAAAAACAGGAGGUGCCAUACAAGAGUUCGUUAACCCAAAAUAUAAAGAUGCCAGCAAAACUUCAUUUAAGUCCUCAACUCGUUUGGAAUGUAUGAUGCAAGACUAUCCAAAAACAUUGCCUCCAUCGGCCAGGGUUGGGUUCACGGUAAUGGAAACAUGGCUCGCUUAUGCACCUGUGAAGAAUAACGCUGAGGAUGCUGCAAAGGUGCCAAAAGGAAAUCCAUACCACAGUGCAACCUCUGGAGAAAUGGCCAUCUAUCGAGCAAACUGCCUCAUUCUUAGAAAGGCUGGUUUCCAAGUAGCAGAUCCAGUAGUGCAAAUUUUCAAUGGGCAAGAGGUUGAAGUUUGGCCCCGCAUCACAUGGAAGCCAAAAUGGGGUUUGACUUUCUCUCUGAUCAAGAGCAAAGUCAGUGGACAUUGCUCCAUUUCCCAGAGGUCUACACUGGCCAUUAAAGGUCAACAAAUUUUUAUUGAAAACCUUUCCUUAGAUGGGGCUCUUAUAAUUGAGGCAGUUGAUAAUGCAGAGGUAAAGGUGGGUGGUUCAGUUCAAAACAAUGGCUGGAGCCUUGAAACUAUUGAUCACAAGGAUACCUCGGAGCCUGAAGCAUUGAGAAUCAGGGGUUUUAAAUUUAACAAAGUUGAGCAGGUGGAGAAGAAAUAUUCUGAACCUGGCAAAUUCCACUUCAAUGCCUGAUUCCUUAUUCUUUGCCUCUUUUGUAACGUGUCUUAUAAACUGGCUUUGGGAUUGCCUUUCUAGUAAUAACAUGUUCUAAGCAGUGACCUCAAAAUUUUGUACCCCCCUCCUCUUUUUGUUUUGCCUUUUUACUCGUUAGAGUGGGAGUAAUUGUAUUAUUUUGUUCAUAAGCUCGGUCCCCACUCUGAUUAGGGAAAUUAUUCUUGCAACUAGUUUGCAAGGUGUAAAGAAUCUGAGCCCAUUUGUAUUUGGUGUUGGUUGGAAUUUAAGCACAGAUUAAUUAGUUCA